AUGAAACUUGAAGUUUUCUCUGCGCACCACUUCGCGCAGAAGCCAAUGGAGUUGUGCAUGGACGCAGAGGUGGGAGUCCCGUCUCCUCUGUCCGGGGACGAGCUGGGGUCUGACGGGGACUGCGUGGCCAACAGCCCGGCACCUGUCAUCCAGAGCGGCGACAGCAGCAAGGGGAAACCCUACACCCGCAGACCCAAACCCCCGUACUCCUACAUCGCCCUGAUCGCCAUGGCCAUCAGAGAGUCCAGCAGCGGCCGCCUCACGCUGGCAGAGAUCAACGACUACCUGAUGAAGAAGUUCCCCUUCUUCCGCGGCAGCUACACCGGCUGGAGGAACUCCGUGCGCCACAACCUGUCACUCAACGACUGCUUCCUCAAGGUGCUGCGAGACCCGUCCCGGCCCUGGGGCAAGGACAACUACUGGAUGCUGAACCCGCACAGUGAGUACACCUUCGCUGACGGGGUGUUCCGGCGCAGGAGGAAGCGCAUCGCCAAGAGGAGCUCCAACAAGGAGCAGGAGAGCCCGGAGCUCCUGAGCGAGGACACCCGCCUCCCCGCGCCGGAGGAGAGAGUGGGGGCCAAGUUCUCCAGCUCCUUCGCCAUCGACAGCAUCCUCAGCACGCCCUUCAAACGGAGGGAGGACAGCCACGUUGAGGCAGCGACCCCCCACGCCCCCCGGCUCUACUGGCCCCCAGGGGCCCACAUACUGCCGUACACUCUCAGCUACCCUUCACAGCACGCGUACCUGUCAGAAGGGGGGUACAGCGGCAGCAGCACGGAGCCCAGCAGGGACGCACUCACAUACCUGCAACGCACGGCACCUGAGGCCGCUGUGCACGCGCUCAAGAUGCCCAGCAAGGCGCGAGGCUUUCAUAUAGACUCUCUGCUGUCGUGA